AUGUAUAUAGAGACUUCGUUACCUAGGCGACAAGGUGACAACGCAAAACUUCAAGUGUCAGUUCCUGGAAAUGGUGCAGCAGCUUGUCUUGAUUUCUAUUAUCACAUGCAUGGUGAUACCAUAGGGACUCUUAAUGUUUACAGUGGAAAUGAGUUGGUCUUCAAUGUAUCUGGGAACCAGAGCAACAGCUGGAUACGAGCAAGGGAAACGAUUUAUUUGCGUCACGUUGUAAGUUUAAUAAAGCUUGAAUGUUGGUAUUCAGACGGCUGUACGUUUUCAGAAAUCAAUUAAUAUCCUCAGAGAUCGGUUGAAAAUCCUAAGUACACAAAAAGGAUCCAUCAAAUUAUCUUGCUAAACCUCCUCACUAUCUUUCCAUAGAUCCUCCUCGGAUUACUGGAUCUAUCAAGUGUCCUUGCCUUAGAUACUUGCGCAAGUGAAAUUAUGAGCGCGUUAAUUUUCAGUCUGUGAAACAGGGUGGCUUAGAGGAGAAAAUCUCAGUAUUCCCAAUGGGAGACAAACUUGUGACCUUGUGGUUUCUAGACUAGAUGCUCUAUCACAAAGUUACAGGAGACUCAUGGUAGCUAAGACCACUUAUUAUAACUAGAUUAAUGAGACAAAAGUCAAGCAUAAUGCUAAGACUAAAUUUAAAUGUUGAUAUGUGCUUGUGCGCAACGAUACAGAUGUGAUAAAAAUUCACCAUUCGCUAUGUGAAUCAUAGCUUCUUUUGUGUAGAUUACCUCUUUCAUGAUCACGCCGUUUUCACUGUCAUUUUGGUUGCCACUUGCAUCGAUGCCACUUGGUUGAAUCAGAUACUUCCUAAUGCUUUGUAUUUCACUUAUAGGUAACCAUUGAAGGUAUUGUGGGAUCAUCAUUUACAGGAGAUAUCGCAAUCGAUGAUGUGUUAAUCACCAGUGGAAGCUGUUUUAGUCCUUCUGUGUUGCCGACGAAUCAAAGCAUUGGA